AUGCCAAGGAUUGUGGAUUCUCAUCAAAUACUUUUGAGUUUGAUCUUGUUGGCCCUAAUAUUUCACAUAGUAACUUGUUCAUCAUCACAGCGGACACAGGAUCAUGAAGUGAAACGAUGCAUCAAUUACUCACCCAUCUUCUUCAAUACUAAGAAUAUCGAUGUUGCAGUGGCUUCCGAAGAAAAUCACUACAAGAUCCUUCUUCCCUAUUUGAAACAGCAUGGUGUAAAUUGUAUAAGAUUGUACUUUACUGAUUGGAGGAGGUAUCAUGCCGAUUUCUUCAAAGUUGUGAACGAGUUACACAUGAAGGUUAUGAUUACAUUCUGGCAAUACACUGAUUCGACUCCAAAUCUUGCAGAUUCCAAGGAGAGACAAAAGACGCAUGAUGAUGCAGUCUUUUUGUUCAAGACAAUUUCGACAGAACCUUCAGUUUUUAUGAUUUUCUAUGGAAAUGAAUUGGAUUUGAUCUAUCCCUAUCAAAUUCCACUAGUUUUCGUUGCAUUUCAGGAAUUUAUAGAUUUGCAACGACAGGUAAUUCCAGAUCCAACGAAGAGAAAAUCACUUUCUCUUCCAUUAUCUGAUUCUGGUUUUAAUUUGAAAUAUGUUGCUGAUUAUGAUUGGGUUCAAGCAGAUUAUAACACUUUUAACAUUUAUAGAGGUUCGACAUUUCUUGACUUUGUGGAAUCGUACAAGAUGGUCAAUCCGAGCAAACCUCUCAUUAUAGCCGAAACUGGUGCUUCUUCAUACUAUCAGUUUCCACAUCAAAUACCAAAACCUUAUUAUGUUUACAAUGCAAGUGAUCCAAGUAUUCAAUUGGGAGAACGAUAUCAAGCCAUGAAUCAUCAAAGAGUCUUGAUGGAAUAUAUUGCCUCUUCGGUGGUCAACCCAGGUUUAUUGGAUGUUUUAUGUUUAUUCGAAGCAACAGAUGAAUAUUGGAAAACUUCAAAUGAUCUCAAUCCAUAUUGUCAGUCAAGGGAUGGUCAUUUAGCUUCAAGACAGAAUACCUGCGGAUAUCAAAAUGUUAAUUACAAGGACAAGAUGAUUCAUGAGGCAUUUCUGGGUUUGAUGCGUCAGGAUUAUUCGAAAGAUGAAUUUUCACUCAUUCCAAAACCUUCAUUCAAUGUGAUGAGUUUUUACUAUAGAAGUAUGGAGAAUAUCAGUCAGUGGUCAUGUGAAAUAUCUCAGAGUGGCUGGAAUUCAGACAUUUUGAACACGAGAAUAGUGCCAGAUAUUGUGUAUAAUGUUCCAUACGAAACCUUACGAUUAUUUGAAACUGUAUUUCAAACCAAGAUUGGAGAGAAGAUAUUCACUUGUAAAUUUAAAGGAAAAAUGGAAAUAUUACAAGCCCUUCCUCUUAAAAUGAAUCUUUACAAUUACCAUAUAUAG